UGUUGUUGUGUGGUCGAGCAGAAUUGUCGGGCUGAACAGAGCAGUGACACCGUGUGUGUGUGUGUGUGCUGUCUGUUCGGUCCUGUGUUGUGUUUUCAUCUCUGCAGCUGCACAUGAACAUACACAGCAGGAAAGAACAUGAAUCAAGAAAAACUGGCAAAACUUCAAGCCCAAGUCCGGAUAGGAGGAAAGGGCUCUGCGCGUAGGAAGAAGAAGGUGGUCCACAGAACUGCAACAGCUGAUGACAAAAAGCUACAGAGUUCUUUAAAGAAGUUGGCUGUCAACAAUAUUGCUGGAAUUGAGGAGGUGAACAUGAUCAAGGAUGAUGGAACUGUGAUCCACUUCAACAACCCCAAAGUUCAGGCCUCCCUGUCUGCCAACACCUUCACCAUCACGGGCCACGCUGAGACCAAGCAGCUGACAGAGAUGCUUCCCGGGAUCCUCAGUCAGCUCGGAGCAGACAGCCUCAGCAGCCUGCGCAAACUGGCAGAACAGUUCCCUCGGCAAGCUAUCGACAGCAAGGCUCCAAAGGCAGAGGACAUUGAGGAAGAGGAUGAUGAUGUUCCAGAUCUGGUGGAAAAUUUUGAUGAAGCGUCAAAGAAUGAGGCAAACUGACAAACGUCACGUGCACAUGGACUCAACUGCAGUGAUACAACAAACCUUCUCCAGUCUUUUUAACUCAAGUAAACCAGACACAUCCCCCCCCCCAAGACAAACAGAGACUUUUCUAUUUUAUGAUGGCCCACAGAUAUCUGAGUCAGACUGGCUGUGCACUAAAAA